AUGCACCGCCUGACCCUUUUGGCCCUGGUUGCUCUGAUUGGAGGCUGUAGAGCUGCGGAUGGGGAUGUGAAUAUCUGCUCCGAUGUGGUCAGCAAUCUCUUUCUUCCCCACGUGAGCAACUGCAGCAAGUACUACCUGUGCAUGAGUGAGGUGGCUGUGCCCCGAGAAUGCCCUGCUGGCUACUACUUUGAUGCCCGGGAUCAGCAAUGUGUCCCUGUGAUGGAGGCCAAGUGUGUACCCUCCUGCAAGACCAGGGGACUGGAAUCCUUCUGCUACGAUCGCACCUGCACCAAGUACGUCCUCUGCUUCGAUGGCACUCCCGUGAUCCGCCAGUGCUCCAUUGGACUCCAGUACAAUGCCCAGACCGAUCGCUGUGACUUUCCCCAGUAUGUGGACUGUGUGGACAACCUGUGCAUCCGGGAGAACAACCCGAAUGAUAUCGUUUUCAUAGCCAGCAAGGCUCGCUGCGAUAAGUACUUCAUCUGCAACGAUGGUCUUCCAAAUGUUAUGACUUGUGCAAAUGGUCUACAGUACAACCCGAGCACCCAGAGUUGCGACUUCCCUUCGAAAGUCAACUGCACGAUCGAAGCCUUGCAGAGGAAUAUUCUGCCCUUUGCCCGAGCUCCUCCUCGUAGUGCCGACAUCAAGUGUCCUUCGGAGGGCGCCCAUUUUAUUGGCCACCAGAAGCGCCAGGAUGCCUACUAUUACUGCCUGAAUGGAAAGGGAGUCAUCUUGGACUGCACACCUGGUCUGGUCUUCGAUGCCAAGCGAGGGGAGUGCCGGGAACCACAGUUCGUAGGCGCUUAG